AUAGUCCGCCGUCAACAGAUAGGGAAACAAUGCUUUUAGACAUCUAUGAUAUCGUGAACGAUGCCGACUGAUUUUUGUUUAGGUGUGGUACUACUACUAGGAUGCCUGUACCACCAAGUCCCUCUCCUUGUUGGCGUUAAUUCCACAACUGAGCCAGCUAGUAAUGCCUACGCCUCCCCCAACAGCUACAGACCUUUCCUGCUUGCAGACAUUGCUAACUGUACAGGUUCCAAUAUAUCGGUGUGUCAGCCAUGUGCUGAGGGCAGCUUUGCUAAUGAAAGUUUAAUAGAGUGUGGUUGUUGCCCCUAUGAUCCUUCAGGUGAAUGUUUCAACCAGACAUUUUGUGAAGAUUGUGCUAAAGGUCAUGCCCAGAAUCUUACAGGGCAGGAGAGUUGCUUACCAUGUAACGAGGGACAUUACCAAGAUGAGACCGGGCAGACCAACUGUAAACCUUGUCCUAAAGGAUUCGCUACAAAUGUGAUUGGCAGUGUGACGUGUUCCGAAUGUGCAGCAGGACAAUUUACCAAUGUCACAGGCUCGUUAGAAUGUUUGUUGUGUCCAUCUGGGAAAGUACAACCAAAAUCUGGUCAAGACAGUUGUAAAAACUGUUCUAAAGGACAAUAUCAGGACGAAAAAGGAAAAACAGAUUGCAAACUCUGCACAAAUGGAACAUUCCAGAAUGAAACAGGACAAUCAGGCUGUCAAAACUGUCCCCAAGGACAUUUCCAGGAUUCAGAAGGCCAAGUAAAAUGUAAAAUAUGUGAGGUAGGAGAGUUUCAGGAUAAAGAGGGACAGACAGAGUGUAAACCAUGCCCAAUGGGAACUCAGCAAAACAAAGAAGGACAGAAGGAAUGUCACAAAUGUGAACCAGGAUCCUACCAGAAUAAUACUGGUCAAGCCAGAUGCCAUAAGUGUCCUGGAGGAAUGUUUCAGGCAGAGAAAGGCAUGUCCGUUUGUGAACUGUGUGGUGUUGGAACAUAUUGUGGAAUGGGUUGUGCCCAAUGUGCUGCGUGUCCUCCUGGAACCUUCAGUGGUAACUCGACAGGGUUGGUCACCUGUCCUGUAUGUCCACCAGGACAUUAUUCUACAGAAGAGAGUUCCCUUAGCUGUUCAAAAUGUGGGCCAGGAACAUUCCAGACUCAUGCAAACAAAACAUCCUGUGUUGAUUGUCCUGUAGGCAGUAAUUGCAGUGAACAUGGUUGUGUCCAAUGUACCUUAUGUCCAGCGGGACAAGAAACAGUGGAAAAGGGCGGUAUCAACUGUACCCUGUGUGAACCAGGUUUCUAUAAGAUUGCUCUGAGUGGUGGCAAGUGUGUACCUUGUAGAGACGGGUUCUAUCAGCCAGAUUCUGGUUCAGGUUCCUGUAAAGAGUGUCCAUCAGGAUUCUUCUGUCCAAUAGCAUCAGAUCCUCCAUUGCGGUGUCCAGUCAGUGCUAUCUGUCCGAAGGGAAGUGGUCAAGCAGUGCCCUGUGCUGGACCCUUCUACAAAGCUAAUAAGGAAAGGACAGAGUGCUUGGUUACUCAGGAGUUCAUUGCUGUAGUAGCCGGAUGUAGUGUUGUAUUUCUAGCAUUUUUAGGGAUAGCUUUAUACAAAUUUUGCCAAUAUAGAAAACGACGCAAAAGUUCUGAAGAUAGUCAACUAUUAACUACUUCUGGGAACCAAAUUUACUCAGGAUGGUGAAAUUGACCUUUUGGAGACAAAUCAGAUUUAUUCAGGAUGGUGAAAUUGACCUUUUGGAGACAAACCAGAUUUAUCCAGGAUGGUGAAAUUGACCUUGUGGAGACAAGCCAAAUUUACUCGGGAUGGAGAAAUAGACCUUUUAGAGACAUAAAAAAUGUAUUUACUGAGAAUAGUGACGAGCUUCAUUCUUCAUCGCAUCUUUACAUCGAGCGUAGAUAGUGAACAGCAUCUUUGCAUGUGUCAAACAGGAACUAAUUUUUGUGGAUUAGUCUGAUCUUGAACAACUACACCAAUACAGAUUAGGAGCAAUAUAUUUAUAUACAAUGUAUUACAAAUGAAGUAUGUUCAGAUUUCCAUUUAUACAAUUUACUUUAAACUAUGAUCUUAACAUGUGUUGCUUAUAUUAAGUGUUAGAAAAGGAAAACUCUACUUGUAAUUUAUUCAUAAUUGGCUGUUCUUUCUCAUUUGACUUUACAGGUGAUUUAGUCACUAUGAGUU